AUGGGAACCAGAAUGAUGAAUCCAGAUGAUAUCGAUAAUAAAAAAUACAAAUUUGUACCACCAGAAGGAGGGUGGGGGUAUCUCAUCACGGCAUCAGUUGUACUAACACAUAUAACAACAAUUGUUCCUACUUAUGGAUUUGGAUUAAUAUUUGGCGAAUUUUUGACUGCUACUGGCGAUGAAACUAAUGGCACCACAUUGACAAGUGCAGCAUUUUUGAGUGUAUCAUCUUUUACUGGUUUGGUUUCCAGUUAUUUGUUACGAAAGUAUACCUAUAGAAAAGUAGCUUUCGCUGGGUCAAUUAUAUAUUCGAUAGGAGCUAUUGGAACGAUUUUCAUCCAAGAUUUGACUCAAUUAAUCAUAACCUAUGGUGUUUUACAAGGUUUCGGAUUUGGGCUCAUAAUGCCGUCAGUCUUCUCAGCCCUGAACGUUUACUUCGAGACGAAGCUGAAUCUCAUGAUGGGCAUAGCUCAAACUUCUAUAACGAUCACCACUAUGCUAUGUGCUCCUACCGUAGCCUAUCUGGUGGAAACAUUUGGUUUCAGGAAAACUCUGGUCGGGUUAGCUUUAUACUCGCUGCUGAACAUUCCCGCUGUUGCAGCAUUGCAGCCAGUUGAAUGGCACAUGAAGCGGUUUCCUGUUGGGAUCCAAGAUGAAGCAGAUAAUGCAGAUUUUAAGAGAGAAUUGUCACAGGUUGUUCUGCAAAGGCAACAGAUGGAGAAUUUAUUGGAAAUCAGUAAAGGGCAGGAAACUCAUGAAGAAACUGAUGUUGAUAUUGAAGAACCUGAUGUUGAAAUUAACGAAACCGAGAGAAGAGAAAAAUCUAACAACUUCGACUUGAGCCUCCUCAAAGACGCUAAGUACCUCAACAUGGUUGUGGGAAUAUCACUGGCUUUCAACUCAGACGUGAACUUCAUCGCCAUUCUUCGAAUGGUUCUUCACAACUUGCACUUCGAAGUACCGGCCAUAGCAUUGGCGAUGACAGUGCAUUUCUGCUCGGACCUCGUUUCCAGGAUAUGUUUCUCGGUUAUCAGCGCACUGGUAUCCUUCAGGAGCAGAUACGUGUUCUUGGCUGGGUCCUUUUUAUCGGCCUUGUUUAGGAUAGCAUUCACUCUACGUGAUGAUCUGCAAUGGAAGCUGAUAAUACUUGGGAUACUAGGAUUCUUAAGAUGUUUGAUCCAAACCACAUUUCCGUUGGUGAUAUCUGAAAAAUACAAAGAAAAUUUUUCAACGGCGUUUUCACUAUACAUGGUUGUUUGCGGUGUCAUCAGUUUGAUAUUUGGGCCAUUGCUGAGUUACGUGAAAGCUGUUACCCAGAACGACGUGAUGAUCAUUCAUGUAUUGACAGCUGCUUGCUUGGUUUGCAGUUUCACUUGGACAGUUGAACUUGUGAUUACAAGGUUCUCUCGAAAAAAAUAAUGUUCUCCAAUGGACUUCACUUCCCUUUUAAUAAAUACAAAUGAAAUGUUCCACAUUCGUAUUAUCAUAACAGAAACCCUCUUUCGCCUAUUUUUUGUUGAUGGUCAUGAAUCAUAAUAGCAGAAUAUAAAGGAUGGGAGAAUAGGAUAGCAUAAAACUCAAUUUAGGAAAAAAAGCAAGAACGCAGAUAAAAAUAAUGGCGCUACAAGAUAUUCAGAAACGGCUUUCCCGAAUUUCAUUAGUCAUAUCGGACUUCUACAUCUUUCUCGAAAUGUUUUCGAGAAUUCAUCUCUGAUUGUUAUACAGGAUGAAACGUUCGAUUUGGA